GCUGAGCCAUCGGGGGUGGAGAGGGGUAGGCCAGCGACCGGGAAAUGCUGAGGGCGCCGGGGGAGGGAGGGCGUCAGGGGUUAAAAGGCAUGGGUCGGGGCUGAAGUUGGAGGCAGCUGGCGGCUGCAGAAGCUCUCUCCGCCUGGGGCCCCUCACCCAGAAGCUGCCAUGUGGCCCCUGGCCAGUGCGAUCGCCUUCCUGACCACGGCCUUCACCUCGUCAAGCGGCCUCUCUCAGGAGUACCCCAAGAUCAUCAACAGCACCAACGGGACCAAUGGGUUUCUCCCCGGCGGCUACACCUGCCCUCCCCACUCUCAGCCCUGGCAGGCAGCUCUGCUGGUUCAGGGUCGGCUGCUCUGCGGGGCGGUCCUUGUCCAUCCCCGAUGGGUCCUGACUGCAGCCCACUGUCUGAAGAACGGAUACACAGUCUCCCUGGGCAAGCACGCCCUGGGGCACGAGGAGGCCGGCGAGCAGGUGCGGGAGGUCGCCCGCUCCAUCCCCCACCCUCAGUACCACAGCAGCCCCACCCACUUGAACCACGAUCACGACAUCAUGCUGCUGGAGCUGCAGUCGCCCGUCCGUCUCUCCAGCCACAUCCGCGUCCUACCUCUCUCGCACAGCGACUGCCUCCCAGCGGGCACCUGCUGCCGCGUGUCCGGCUGGGGCACCACCAUCAGCCCCCGGGUGAGUUUCCCACAAACCUUACAGUGUGCCAACAUCCAGCUGCGCUCAGAUGAGGAGUGUCGGCAAGCCUACCCGGGGAGGAUCACCCGCAACAUGGUGUGUGCCGGCUCCCGCGAGGGCGGCAAGGACUCCUGUGAGGGCGACUCAGGAGGCCCCCUGGUCUGCAACGGAAAGCUCCACGGGAUCAUCUCCUGGGGAGACUUCCCCUGCGGGCAGCCCAACCGGCCCGGCGUCUACACCCGCGUCUCUCAGUACAUUUCGUGGAUCCAGGAAACCAUCCGAGGACAGAGGCCCCGAGAGCAGGAGUGGACGAAGGGCCCACAAUAAAAGUCGGGUUGCCUGACCCACCUCCUCUGCACGCCCUUGAAGCCCUCCUUCCACAGUUUGCCCAGGUCUCCACCCGACCCCAUCCCUGCCCCCGCCAGAGCGUUGCACUUGACCCAGCGAUCCGUGUUCCCAGAAUGCUACACCCCAGAUGACAUUCUGUGUCUUAAAAGCACUCGGCCCCUGUUGGCAUCAUGGUCUAUCAGACGUUGUACCCCUGAGACUCCUCAGUCCCCCCCGAGAGUCCCAACCUAGAUACGUUCUGGGUCUCCCAACUGUUUCUGCUUCAACCCAGAUUACCAUCCAAAAGUUCUGUCUGUGGGACCCUUAGGUACCUCCAUCCCAUCCCAGUGAUGGUCCAUCUCCCAUGAAUGCACCGUUCUUGUAAAUAUCCCACACUCCUCUGGAUACGUACUCAUUGCCAAUAUUUUAUUUUAUACUAGAGGCCCAGUGCAUGAAAUC